AUUCUCUCUCUUCCCUUGUUCGAAAAAGCGAGACCUUCGCCUCUUCUACCACCCACACCCCCCCAGUCUUAUUUUUCUCGCUUUGCCCUCUCGUCUCGAGACGCUUCGUCUUCCUCGUCUCGUUUCUCGUUUCUCGUUCUCUAAACCUCGUUUCUCCAACACCACACCUUUUCCAACAGGCGACUUCUUUCGCGAUCUCGCUUGAGCCUCGUGUCGCUUGAUUUGACACCGUUGGACUCGUUUAUUUCCCUUUUACCUGCCAAUCGAGCGUCAUCGGUACCGGAUCGUGGGUGGCUUCUGCCCAUUCCUAGAGUCCCUGAAAGUUAACGCACGACCCUCGACGCGUACAGGCGUGGGAAUUUUUUUGAACAAGCAGAACUCUUUGCCGUCGUCUUACUCCACCACCCUGCCUCAAUCAACCCUUUCAACCUUCUUCGUCGACAUACGUUCGCUUGUCAUCGACAUUUUCGCUGCCGUAUCCCGAAUACGCGCUGUCGAAUAUGUCCCAGCCUAGCUCCAACAAUAGCCAGUCGCGCCAGUCGACCUCUUAUCCAUCUCCCCAUUCAUAUCCAUCGCCCUCAAUGUCUGCCUACGCGUAUCCGCCGCCGCAGCAAACGCCGCAGCAGCCGGGCACUCCUCAGUCUGGUGCUGAGCCCUAUCGCGCCUCGCCGACCGCGUCUCACGUCUCGCUUCCUUCCCUAAAUCUUCCUCCUAUCCGCUCCAUCGAUCCUCAGCAGGCACAGCAGCAAGCGCAGUCUCAGCAGGUUCAGGCUCAGGUGCAAGCUCAACAGCAGCAACCACCUCAAGCCCGGCCACAGCCUCCCGGUCAGGCCCCAAUGGGUUCUCCCUUGCCACCGCCUGUCGCACCCAUGGGUGUCUAUUACCCUCCCCCUCAACCGCAUGCUUAUCCUCCGCCUGGCCAGCACCCGGGCAUGGCCAUGUCUCCCCACAGUCGGUAUCCCAUUCCUGCUCCCGAUGGAAGAAUUAUGUCCGGAGGACGACACAAGAAGGAGAUUAAGCGAAGGACGAAAACCGGUUGCUUGACUUGCCGUAAGCGGAGAAUAAAGUGUGACGAAGCUCAUCCCACCUGCCGAAACUGUCAAAAGAGCAAGCGCGAAUGUUUGGGCUACGAUCCCAUUUUCAAGAGCCAGCCUGGUCCCGCCGCUAUCCAACCUGCUCCGAGCACGGUGUCGGCGGCAUUGACGGCGGCCGUCGCGCCCCAGAUGCCUCCUGCUCCCUCGCCUUACGCGCCUCCACCCCAUGGCUACGCUCCGGCCGUGAGCGCCGCCUAUGCACCGGCUUUGCCUACUGGAGUCAGCUCUCCUGCGACGUCGGUUGAGCCUUACGACUAUGCGGCUGCGAUUGAUCCAGCACUGGAAGCUUCGGCACCACCGCUCCAGGUGCCGCCGACGGGAUAUGAGAGCGUCGGUGGUUAUCGUCCAGACCUGAAGGGGGUGUUGGGCAGUGCGAGCCCGUACUCGGCGGCUGCAACCGACACGCAGAAUCAGAGAGGUGGCGCUACCCCUCCCCAGCCCAUUCCCAUGCAAGAGCCGUCUGGUGACGGUUGGACUAUGAAUACGGGCAUCGCUUACACGCCUGCAAAGCCUAUUAAGAUCGAUGACCUCCUUGCCGCCGGAGGUGACGUUCCGUCGUCGCUCGUACCUCCUCCCGGCGAGCAGCCGGCAGUCGAGUUCGCCCCCGCCACCGUGGACCGCAUCAAGGAAUUCUUCACCACUGUCUAUGCGCCAGCCAUUGACCGAUUUUUGGAGUCGCGCUGGUUCCAGGUGCACGGUCUUGCGCGAUUAGUGAGCGACAAGCGUUUGUUCGAAAUGUUUGGAAAGUUGAUUGAAAGUAUUCAGAGCGGCUCUCCGCACAUCCAGGAUCUAGGUGCUUCGGUGCCGCUGCCGACGUUUGAGGCAAGGAUUGUUUGGCACUUGAUAACUAUGUGUCGCUCCGCUGCCCCCAGCGAUGUUACUGACAUGCAGGGCAAGUCAGCCUCCUAUGAUCCUGAAGUGAUUGGCCUGCAAGAGACCAUUUGCCGAGUGGUCAUCCUUGAGCACCUCCUGAAUUGGCAAAAGCUGGAGAAGAACCCACUUGGUUUGACUGAGGAUGGCCCCAAGGUCACGCAACCGUAUGAGCCACAGCGCGUGCAGGAGCGUGAUUUCUGGCGUCUUAUGGGCGAGUUCUUGACUUUGCGCGAUGACGAGGGCACCUCUGCCAAUACCCUCAGUGCUUGCCGAAAUUUGCUCGAGGAGCUGGAAAACCGCGACGUCAUUUACUCUAUUGCUAUUGCUUCGCAUCUUGGCAGUCGGUCUCCCGAAUUUCCCGAUAAUGUGCAGCCAAUUGGCAACGAGGAACUCAGCCCUAAAACAAAGUUGUUCGUCGCAAAGAAGUUUAUUGAAGAUGAAGCCAUGGGCAAGGGCAUGACCCAGGUUAUUCAACGCAUCUGCAUGAUGGCAACCUGGUCUUGGCGAGUUGCCAAAUAAGGAGAACUGACUAGAAAUGCAAAUACGGGUUUAUUUUUUCUUUCUUCUGCUCUCUUCUUCUUGACUGAAUGGUCACCGGUAUUAGUCAGGAUUACGCAACUGUGUAAUUGUUUUUCCUUUUUUUUUAUUUCCAUUUAAAAAAAAAGCGGAUUGAAAUGAUGGCUUAUCGGGGCAAAAUAUAAAGUGGGAAACAGGAUUCCAAUGACGCUCACAGGAGCUCUUAUUUCCAUCUUAUCUACUACUUGGCAUUGCGCAGC